CUUAUAGCCGCUUUGGGGCCGGGCCUGAGGCGUGGCGUGGCGUGUGCGGUGUAGGCGGACCAAGAAUCACCGUAUCACCGUAUCACCGAAGAGGCGGGCAGGCCGCACACUGACUGACACCCGGUCCCAACAACAUACAACACGCUGCUGCUGCCUAGCAUUUUGGCGGUUUAGUGUUAUUCCUUAAUUGCAGUCACAGCGCCUGUCCUUGGCAGCGGGCUCCCCUUCCUCUCUCUGACCGCCAGGCGUCGGGACAGGAGACACCAUGGAGAACAUGGUCGCGAAGUUUGUAUCGCAGAAAAUCAGCAAGACCCGCUGGCGCCCGGUGUCGGCCUCCUCCCUGCAGCAGCCGGACGUGUUCGCAGCCGGCUCCUGGGAUAAUGAGGAAAACAAAGUAUCCAUAUGGUCCACUGGAGAUUUUGGUACCAUUAAUAUGGAGGAAGAUUAUCUAGCGGAUCCUAAAUUGUUGUGCGAAAUUCGACACAAAGGAGAUGUGAUGGAUAUGCAGUUUUUAGAUCAAGAGAGAAUUCUAACUGCCUCAUCAACUGGAACAGUGACUAUUUUUCGUUAUCAUCAGAACAACCAGACUCUAUCAGAGAAGCAGAAAUGGGAGCAUGCUCACCACCACGUAGGCUCAGAAGGCACAGGGGCUCCAUGCACUAGUGUUGUAUGUAACAAUCCUGAAAUUAUCUCUGUUGGAGAGGAUGGCCGUAUAAACCUUUUCAGAGCCGACAGUAGAGAUAUAGUGAGAUCAAUAGAUGAUGCAGACAGUAGCACAAUGCAUGCUGUUAAUUUUCUCCGUACUACUGAGAUCUUGACCGUUAAUUCCAUUGGGCAACUGAAGAUGUGGGACUUGAGGUUAGAAGGCAAUGAUCCUACGCAAAUCUUCUCUGUAACAAAUGAGCGGGUCCCUCUACACUGCUUAGACAGACAUCCAAGUCAGCAGCAUGUUGUAGCAACAGGCGGUCACGAUGGUAUGCUGUGUAUUUGGGAUGUUAGACAAGGCCGGAUACCUAUAUCACUCCUAAAUGCUCAUGGUGCAGAAAUGUGGGAGGUCCAUUUUCACCCUUCAAAACCAGAUCAUUUAUUCACGUGUUCUGAGGAUGGAUCGCUGUGGCAUUGGGAUGCAUCAACUGAAGUUCUGGAAAGGCAAUCAUUUUUGCAUGGAGGAAGGGGAACCUCCCACUUGUCACGUAGCACUGCUGGACAGAAUGUUAGUCAGUCAUUGAUGACCACUUGGCUUAGCAAUGAUCCCACAAAGGGACAUCUAGAAAUUAACAACUUGUUACCUAGUUCCACACUGUCUGUUAACAGUUUGGAUGUUUUGGGAGACUACCUAGUCUGUGGAACUGAUGCAGAGGCAAUCUAUGUCACCAAAAGGCUAUUUGCAUAAACCACCAAUGACUGAAGCUACAGUACAAUGGACUAGAAGAUGUUGAAGAGAAAUGCCCUAUUAUUCCUGUACUUCUGUCUACCGAUAAAAUACUUUGUUCUCAAAAGUCAUGUCUAGUUGUAACACAUUUUAAAGACAACUUAUCAUAUACUAAACUGUUGCCACAUCCUU